AUGGGGCUAGAAGGAUUAGCCAACGGCUUCUCGGAUGCAACGGCGAAAAACGGAGUCGAAAAAGCAAAAUUCCCUGAUUUGUACCGAGUGAAAUAUACCUUGAAAAACCACCACAAUUCUUCAAUAAACUCUAUAAAGAUCCUGCCAGACGGGUCAAAAUUCGCUACAUGUUCAUCUGACACUACCAUACGUGUGUACGAUCUUGAGACAGGCAUACUUAUCACAAAGUUGGACGGACACACCAAGGGAAUAUCCGACUUGGAGUUCUCCCCCAUCAACUCGAACAUACUUGCAUCUUGUUCGGAUGACUUGACCAUACGGCUCUGGCUGGUGAGCAAGAAGAAAUGUGUCAAGAUUCUCCGCAAGCACACCUACCACAUCACGACAAUAAAAUUCACCACCAAGGGUAAUAUGUUGAUUUCCGGUUCAGCGGAUGAAACUAUCACUAUAUGGGACAUUACUUCGGGAAGAGUUCUCAGGACACUAGCAGCACAUGCUGAUCCAGUACUGUCACUCUGUCUCACUCCAGACAACACUAUAAUCAUCAGUGCCUCCUACGAUGGUCUUAUGAGACUCUUCGACUUAGAAACGGGCCAUUGUCUUAAAACACUAUCGUUCAACAGUACUUCUCAUGGCACAGCUACAGCUUCCACCAACGAUGUGCUCAAUUUUCCCAUUUCCAACGUAGAAACAUCUCCAAAUGGAAAGUACAUACUAAGCUCUAGUCUAGAUGGUCUUAUAAGACUCUGGGACUACAUGGACAACAAGGUCAUCAAGACGUAUACUGGUGUCGACGGUAAACCAAUCAGUGAGAAAUUCAAUUGUGGAGCGCACUUUAUAACCAAAACUUCUGAUGCCAUGAUCGUUUCGGGCACAGAAUCAUGUGGAAUCCUCAUUUGGGAUGUCCAAUCCAAACAGGUGGUGUUCCAGCUCCACCAAAGCGACGAGCCGGUGUUUGAAGUUGACAUCUACAACGAAGGCAGACUCUUGGUGUCUUGCAGCCGAGACGGCAUUAUCAACGUGCUCGAAUUGAAUGAAAAAUACAUCAAACAAAAGAGAGCAAUCGGUACAAGUCGCGAGGAAACGCCACUAACACCAGCAUAG